AUGCAAUUUUACAGAACAUACAAAAAACUUAGAGAUCACAAGGACCUCUGUAACGGUGAUAAUAAUAACUUGCCUCCAGAAAUAGAGGAAGCAUUGGCGGAUGUUCAUAGGAAGGAAGAAUAUACUAAAAUGUUUAAGGAAAGAUGGUGUUACGCAAGUAAAGGAAGUGCAGGAGAGGAGGUGUCUUUAUCCCAAGAACAACGUUGUGGUUUCUUAUAUUAUUGGAUAGGGAAUAUAUUCCAUGACAUUUUCAACAAGGAUGAAUCAUUUUGGAAUUUUAUGAAUAAGAUACGCGGUGAAUUGAACAAAUUGUCUACUGCUGAGAUGCAGUGUGACAUUGUGUGCAGCCACAUUAACAAGAGCGAUUUCCAAUAUGAUAGGGAAGUAUAUGAUUUCCUCCAGGACUAUAGAACUAUAAAUGAGAAGUCAGGGAAGAGUGAAUAUGUCUGUAGUAAAGAAUUGAGCCAUUACCUGGACACAGCUGCAUUGGCAUAUAACCAGAUGAAUGGGCAAUGUAAGAAUGGAAGCAUUAAAUCUACAUAUUGUAGUAAAUUCAACAGCGACUAUAAAGAUCUCAUUCUUAGAGAACUCCGAAAUUCAAAAUGUACACCGAAGCAUGCACAGGGAAUCUUACAUGAUGCAGAAGGUCCAGUAUCUGCAACCGUUGCCAUACCUUCCGUCCUUACCGUAAUUGGACUUCCUUCCAUCCUUUUCCUAUUAUAUAAAUAUACUUCCCUACCUUCUUGGUUCCAUAACCAAUUUGGAAGAGGGAGCAGUAAAAUAAGGAAGAGAAGAUCCGACGAAGGGCAAAUAUUAAUGACAGAAAAGGAAAAGAACAACAACCACAACGAAGCCAACAAAGGCAACAAAGAAAUAUUGGUUACCAUAACAUGA